UGGUCGGAAAGUCGAUUACUUUCUUACAAAAUCUUCACUAACACAAGCUUUUAGGGAGAAAUAGCAAAAAGCUAUCAAUCCGCCAUAGCCGAGCUUCCUUCUUUCUUUCUUUUUUUACUUGUUUCGUUUCUUAUACCCUUGAAAAAUCCUUCAUUUCUCUAGAUAAUGAACCCUCAAGUUAAUAAUGACCGGAAGGAGUUUCCGGUAGAUCCCACGGCAUCCAGAGGAGGAGGCAAUGGUGGUGGAGGUGCGAGGUACAAGCUGAUGUCACCGGCUAAGCUUCCGAUCUCGAGGUCUACCGACAUCACUAUUCCUCCUGGGCUGAGUCCCACUUCGUUUCUGGAAUCUCCCGUUUUCAUCUCCAACAUCAAGCCUGAACCUUCCCCUACUACUGGUUCUUUGUUCAAGCCACGACCAGUGCACGUUAGCUCAAGCUCUUAUACAGGAAGGCCAUUCCACCAGGACAGCACCUUCCCCGAGCAAAACUCCAGUGAAUUUGAGUUCAGACCUCCUGCAUCCACUAUGGUUUAUGCAGAGCUUGACAAGCAUAGAAGUGAGCCAGCAGUUCAAUUUCAAGGCCAAGGCUAUGGAUCCUCACACUCACCUUCUUCGAUCAGUGAGGCUGCAGCUAACUCAAGUGAGCUAAGGCGGCCAACUCAAAGCUCAGAUAUUCCGGCCGGAUCUGAGGUAGAUGAAUCAGUCCAGGCAUCGCAAGAUGACCCGAGGGGAAGUGCGCCAUCAGUAUUGGCGGAUGAUGGUUACAACUGGAGAAAGUAUGGUCAAAAGCAUGUCAAAGGGAGUGAAUUCCCGCGGAGCUAUUAUAAAUGUACACAUCCUAAUUGCGAAGUGAAAAAAUUAUUUGAAAGGUCUUAUGAUGGCCAGAUCACAGAUAUUAUUUACAAGGGUACGCAUGACCAUCCUAAACCUCAACCUGGUCGACGAAACUCUUGUAGUCUUGGUAUGUCUGCACAAGAAGAGAGAGUAGAGAAGAGCGUGUACAACUUGGCACAAGCCAUUGAGCAAGCUGGUAACCCUGAAGUACCUCUUACAACUGAGGAUGGUGGAGAAGUUGCAGUGUCAAAUAAGAGUAAUGAUGACCAGGAUGAAGAUGAUCCAUAUACAAAACGGAGGAGGUUGGAUGGGACCAUGGAAAUAACUCCACUUGUGAAACCUAUCCGGGAGCCUCGAGUUGUUGUUCAAACUCUGAGUGAGGUUGACAUACUUGAUGAUGGUUAUAGGUGGCGUAAGUAUGGGCAGAAGGUCGUAAGAGGAAACCCAAAUCCCAGGAGCUAUUACAAGUGCACAGCUCCUGGAUGCCCAGUGAGAAAACACGUGGAGCGGGCAUCACAUGAUCCGAAAGCUGUUAUAACAACAUACGAAGGCAAACACAAUCACGAUGUCCCCACUUCAAAGUCUAGCAGCAAUCAUCAUGACAACCAGCCUCGGUUCAGACCAGGUGAAACAGACACCGUCAGCCUCAAUCUUGGUGUUGGAAUCUCGUCUGAUGGACUUGACCACACUUCCAACGAGCGUCAGCAUCAGAAUCAACAACAACUCAUCAACCAAACUCACCCAAAUGGAGUCGGUUUCAGGUUUGUUCAUGCUGCUCCCAUAGCAUCGUACUAUGCUAGCUUAAACGGCGGUUUGAAUCAGUAUGCACCGAGAGAAACUCAGAACGAGACUCAAAACGGUGACAUCUCGUCUUUGAACCAUUCUUCUUACCCGUAUCCGCAUAACAUAGGGAGAAUACAGUCUGGUCCUUAGAAGACAAAGGAAGCGACAGUAAUGGAUUCUUCUUAGGUUAGGAUUGGAAUGAGACAUUGUUCUAUAUGAUUCAUGUCUCUCUCUCUACUGCAGAGAGCUGAUCUUGAUUUGAAAAUAUUAUAACCACCAUAUAUAUUUGUAUGUGUCACCUGUUUUGAGUUCCAAGGAUGUGUUGUAAAAAUACAGUAUGUUGAAUGCUUUUUUUGAAAAACAAGAAACAGCAAUAUGUUA